CGCGGUCAAACGACCCACUUGCUGCGAUCGAAACACUUCGUUAUUGUUGCCACGUUCGUAACAUUCGAAACACGAUGACCAGCACGGUCUUCGGUUUCUUGUUUUGCGCUUUUAUAACGGCGAGCUUCGUGGAUUCCUAUCGAUCGGACGGAUACAAUGAUCACAAUAACGUGUAUCAGGAUCAGAACCCGAUCGAGCUAUUAAUGAACUUGUUGAAAAACAAGGAGAAUCGAAGAGAUGCAGAGGACGGUGUAGAAAAUUGGCCCGGACGUUGGAUGCCAGAUAGACCGGACGAUCCAACGCCACCGCCCAAAAUCUUGCCAAAACAGGAGAACGAGGACGGAGGAUCCGCGACCGAGAUGUCUCACGAAAUGUCUCACGAAUGGAACGGACGGAUGUUCGACCACGUGGACGCUCUUAUGCAACCAAACAAUGAGCAAAAUGAGUACGAGUCUGUGACAGAGUUUCCACACGAAAUGUACAUGGGCCACGUGUCACCGGAAUGCGACGAUGCUAAGACCAACUUAACCGUGGACUGGGAUCAUUCUCCAACAGAACAUACGUGUUACGGUCACAACUUCGUGCCAAGUGACAUCCCAGCGUAUAUUUACUGUGAGACCAUCCCAAUGAUGUACAAGGCUGUUCAUAAAUGUAUGAAUCAAAUAAUCGAAUAUGACGAUGACGUUCCUUUGUAUGGUACACACAGACCUUUAUGGCCAGUUUACGGAGAGUACAAGUAUGUGCCCAAACAAAGAUGGCUACAUAGUCUUGAGCACGGAGCAAUCGUCAUGUUGUAUCAUCCGUGUGCGAAUCCUCUCGAGGUGGAACGCUUGAGGAAUCUCGUCAAAAAAUGUUUAUGGCGACAUAUCAUCACACCAUACAAUUAUUUAGACGAGGAUCGUCCUUUGGCGCUUCUAUCUUGGGGCUGCAAAUUGACUAUGUCUUCCGUGGAUCCGAGAAUAGUGACUCGUUUUAUACGGAAGAAAGCUCUUCGCGGUCCGGAACAGAACGCAAACGACGGUCAAUUCACUGAUGGACUAUUGACUCAAUCCAGAAUAGUGACAAAUUCAAUGGAUUCUGUGCUCUGUCCUAACAUGUAAUUUAAACCAGCAGUAUAUAUGACGUACAAAUUCGUAAUAUUGUUUACAUUCUCAAAAUUCGCGCAAUUAAUAUAAUUUAUUUAUAGGUAUGUUUUUAUAUAUCUUGUACAUAUAUAUAUAUUUUUUCUAUACAGCACAUUUAGUUGUGUUGAUCUAGUUAUUCUCUUUUGUAUUUGUGUACGCUUAGGUAUAAAAUUGAGUUAUAAUUGUGAAAUCCCAAAGUCAAUUAGUAUUGCCUCCUAUGUAGAAGAGACAAAUUAUAUUUAUGUCUUUUACAAAGUAUAAAUACAAGUACAAUAAAUAAAAUGAAUGAA